AUGGCGCCCUCGGAUUUCGCCAAAGCCAACAUCGACGAGAUCGUCGAACAGCUCACAACGGACGAGGCGAUCCUCCUCACAGCUGGCGUUGGAUUUUGGCAUACCCAUCCCAUUGAAAGGCUCGGUAUCCCGGCCGUAAAGGUCAGCGACGGUCCAAAUGGUAUUCGAGGAAACCAUUUCUUCAUGAGUACCCCUGCAAAAUGUCUGCCGUCGUCUACCGCUCUGGGUGCCACCUUCGAUCCCGAUCUCGUCAAGGUUGUCGGAUUGAAGCUGAUCGCAGAGGAAGCCAAACUGAGGGCUGCGUCGGUGGUGCUGGCACCUACCUGUAACAUCCAGCGCAACCCCCUUGGCGGUCGCAGCUUCGAAAGUUUCUCUGAAGACCCCUGGCUUUCGGGUCAAAUCGCCGCUGCCUAUGUCAAUGGAAUCCAGAAUGGAGGUAUCGGGACGACGAUCAAACAUUAUGUAGGAAACGACAAAGAAAACGACCGAAUGGGCUACGACAGUAUCAUCAGCCCACGAGCACUCCGGGAGAUUUAUUUGAUGCCUUUCAUGCUUGCCCAAAAGUUGGCGCAGCCCUGGUCAUAUAACCGCGUCAACGGAACUCAUGUCUCUGAGAGCCCCUACUUCCUCAAGGACAUUCUCAGGGAUGAAUGGAAAUCCGAUGCAUUGGUUAUGAGUGAUUGGUUCGGAACCUACUCCGUUGCACACGCCCUCAACGCGGGUCUUGACCUCGAGAUGCCGGGAAUUAACAAAUGGAGAACUCUUGAGAAGGUUAACAGGACCAUUCAAGCGAGAAAGGUGACUCCGCGCACUAUCAAGGAGAGAGCUAGGACCGUCCUGGAGUUGGUCAAGAAGUGCGCAGCUGGUGCUGGCGAGCUCCUCGACGGAGAUGGCCUCGAGCGAACGGUCGAGUCCGAGGAAGACAAAAUCUUGAUGAAGGACGUCGCCAGGGAGUCGAUUGUGUUGAUGAAGAACGAGAAGAAGAUUCUGCCGCUCGAUCCCGCUGCCUUGAAGGGCAAGAAGGUUGCUAUUAUUGGCGGAAAUGCCAAGGCUACAGUGCUCAGUGGUGGUGGAUCAGCCGCACUCAAGGCUUCCUACUUCAUCUCUCCUUAUCAAGGAAUCGUCGAUGCUCUUGGCUCAGACGUUGAGGUCACCUACUCUGAAGGCGCUCGAACUUUCAUGAACCUCCCAACUCUUGAGAACAUCCUGCAAACUGACAAGGGCGAACGCGGAUGGAUCGGCACCUGGCAUCCCCAUACCAACGACGACAGCUUGGUCCCUCUCGACCAGCCGAUUGGGGACAGGUUCAUCGACGAGACCAGGAUAUUCAUCAGUAACAGUGCCCCUGAAGGAAUCACGAAGAGGUGGACUUUGAAGCUGAAGGGAUACAUGAAGGUCGAGGAGAGUCAGGAGUGGGAGUUCGGCUUGACCGUUGCUGGAAGGGCCAAGCUCUACAUUGACGGCAACCUCGUCAUCGAUAACUGGACCCGCCAGAUCCGUGGUGAAUCUUUCUUCGGGUCGGGUACUCCCGAGAAGAGGGGUGUCUACCCGCUCGAGGCAGGAAAGAACCACGAAAUCUUUGUCGAGUUCUGCAACGUCAGAGGACCUGCUGACGGAGACGAGGACGAGGCCCUCAUGGAUAGGUAUGUCUUGAUGUCUCUUCAGCCCAACUUUUCAUUGACCGCAUGCACCUCGUCCAGCAAUCCUGGUGUACGAUUGGGUGCUGCACCCGUCCACGACCCCGACCAGACGCUCGCACAGGCGGUCGCCCUCGCCAAGGAGGCGGACGUUGUCAUCGCCAUCGUUGGUCUUAACGCCGACUGGGAGACCGAAGGAUACGAUCGCAAGACUCUGGCUCUACCCGGAAGGACGGACGAACUCGUCCAGAAGUUGGCGGAAGCCAACGAGAAGCUCGUCGUUGUUACCCAGAGUGGAUCCGCGAUCACCCUUCCAUGGGUCGACCAGGUGUCAUCUCUCGUUCACGCCUGGUACCUCGGCAACGCAACUGGUUUGGCGAUCGCCGAUGUCUUGUUCGGCAAGCACAACCCCUCUGGCAAGCUUUCGCUCACCUUCCCCAAGAGGGAAGAGGACGUUCCUUCGUUCGGUCACUUCCAUAGUGAGGACGGCAAGGUUCGAUAUGCUGAAGACCUCUUCGUUGGCUACAAGCACUAUGUUGCUAGGAACAUCGAGCCUCUCUUCGCUUUCGGUCACGGAUUGUCGUACACUUCCUUCUCCCUCUCCAACCUCCAAGUUUCCGCCCCUGAAUACAAGACCGCUGCCGACGGCUCUAAAGACCUCGCCAUCAACGUCUCUCUUACCGUCUCCAACACGGGCUCGCUUCCCGGCUCCGAGAUCGUCCAAGUCUACGUUACACCUCCUUCGACUUCACCUCUCACCCACGCUCCCCUGCAGCUCAGGGCCUUCUCGAAGGUCAAGGACCUCAAGCCUGGUGAGGAGAGGAAGGUUGAGGUUACGCUGGACAAGUAUGCUGUCUCGUACUGGAGCGAAUUGUUGGAUAGGUGGGUUGUUGAGGGUGGAAGCACCUGGGGCGUGAAGGUUGGAACUGCCAGCGACAAGUUGACGUUGGAGGGUAGCGUGAAGGUUGAGAAGGGCUUCGAGUGGAGAGGACUCUGA